AUGGAGACUGGGAAGAGUAGUGGGGACACGAAUAUGGUGUGUGCCAUGUUAGCGAACUACAUUAGGGAAGCUGCGAGAAAGGUUUUAGGGGUUACAAAGGGAUACGCUGGGAGACAUAUAGGGGACUGGUGGUGGAAUGCGGAGGUCCAAGGUAAAGUUAAAGUCAAGAAAGCGACUUAUUUGAAACUAGUGGAGAGCACAAACGAGGAGGAAAAGAGGACGAAUCGGGAAUGUUGUAAGAAGGCAAAGAAAGAGACGAAGUUAGCGGUUACGACGGCUAAGACUGCUGCUUUAGGACGCAUGUAUGCGGAACUUGGGAGCAAAGGCAGGGACAAAAAGUUGUACAGCUUAACCAAAGUGAGGGGGAGGAAGGCUCAUGACUUGGACCAAGUGAAGUACAUCAAAGGCGAGGACGGCAGAGUAUUGAUGGAAGACACUCAUAUUAGACGAAGAUGCCAGACAUACUUCCAUAGACUGUUGAACGAGGAGGGGGACAGAAGCAUUGUGCUAGGUGAGUUGGAGCACUCCAAGAGUCUGCAUGAUUUUGGCUAUUGUAGGAGUAUUAAGGUCGAAGAGGUUAUGGGAGCGAUGCGUAAGAUGAGCAGGGGAAGAGCGACGAGGCUAGACGAGAUCCCGGAGAAGGUGGUGGAAGUCAGGGUGAGGAAGAGUGUGUCUAUUUCCGAGAAUCAGUUUGGAUUCAUGCCGGGGCUAUCAACUACGGAAGCCAUUCAUCUGAGAAAGAGAAUGGAUGCUCCUAUUAGGAAGUGUGAGAGGUUGGCCGUGGAGGGGCUGAGAAAGGGUAGAGGAAGGCCGAAGAAGUAUUUGGGAGAAGUGAUUAGGCAGGAUAUGGCGCUACUUCAGCUCACUGAGGAUAUGACCGAGGAUAGAAGGGUGUCGAGGUCGAAGAGUAGGGUAGUUGGCUAG